UCUACCCUUCUUCACUUCUCUACGUGUUCCAUUUCAUACUUUUUCUCAUCUGGGCUGUGGUUUCUGAGCAGUUUUCAGCAGGUUUUUUGACCAAGAAUCGAGUUUUUUUUUGUUUCUCAAUAAUGGAUAGCAGCAAUCAGUCGUCUUUCUGGCAGUUCAGUGACAAUCUGCGUCUCCAGACCAACAGUUUGGCCAAUCUUUCGCUGAAUGAUUCCAUCUGGAGUACUAAUUACGCGGCCAAGCGACCGGCGGAGGAGCGCCGGAACUUUGACUUCCGGAGCGGUGGGGAAGGGGGGUCCGCCUUCGGCGGCCCGGUUAAUGAUCUGAAGUCUGAUUUUAAUCUCGGGUUCAACAACGAUGUCUGGAAGGCUCCGAUUAACGAUAGUCUUAGCUCUAACGUUAAUUAUUCCGGGUUUGGUUCGGGGGCAUCCGGGUUGAACGGCGGGUUUAAUAAGGGGAUCUACUCCAGCCCGUCUCUGAGUUUUAACAGUUACAGUAAGGGUAAGGGCUUUGCUAAUAACGUUGUGGUGAACGGGAAGGUGAAUAAGGGCGGUAGAAAUGAUGAGGAUCAUGGUGGUAAAAGUGGGAAGAAGAACAAAGGCAACAAGGAUAGUAACAGGGAUAACAAUGGUAACAACAAUGGAAAUGGUGAGGGCAAGGCGGCGGUGGAUAAGAGGUUCAAGACUCUGCCGCCGGCGGAAUCCUUGCCGAGGAACGAGACGAUUGGGGGGUAUAUUUUUGUUUGUAACAAUGAUACCAUGGCAGAGAAUCUCAAGAGGCAGCUCUUUGGCUUGCCUCCCCGUUACCGUGACUCAGUCCGUGCAAUAACACCGGGAUUACCGCUGUUUCUUUACAACUACUCAACCCAUCAACUCCAUGGAAUCUUUGAGGCUGCAAGCUUUGGUGGCACUAAUAUUGACCCCUCAGCUUGGGAGGACAAGAAAAACCCAGGCGAAUCACGCUUUCCUGCACAGGUUCGUGUAGUGACGAGAAAGGUCUGCGAGCCUCUUGAAGAGGACUCCUUCAGGCCAAUCCUCCACCACUAUGAUGGUCCCAAGUUCCGCCUUGAGCUCAACAUUCCUGAGGCUCUCUCCCUCUUGGACAUUUUUGCAGAAAACAAUCCUUGAGCAUUUUGACGCUCCGGUGAAGCAAAUACACAUAAAACAACAUCAAAAGUGAAGAUGAAACUAAAGAAUAGUUGCCUGUUUGUUGGAGUUGUACUUAUGGAUGAUUUCUGAAGAAAAACGGAGAGUAGAAUAGUGUUGUCUGUAAAUAUACAGUUAAGUGCAAGGUAGAGGAGUUUUGGGUUGUGCAGCCAUACUCCCAAUGUAAUAUGGCCCGGCCGACCGGCCGGGGGAUACAUCUUGAAAGACAUAUAUAUACAAGUAGUUUUAAAUAUGAGUAUGCUUUUCUGUGUAAGUAGUAAGAGUUGUUGAACCCUUUGUAAUGGUGUUGGUGCCAAAUAAUUGAAUAAUUAUGUUGUCCUUGAGAACAAAACUGCAAUAAUAUGAGAAUUCGUUCUGAUA